GUAUGUAUCUGUUUUAGGCAUUUUAAUUUUGCUUUUUUUUAUGCCUGGAAUAUUUUGUUUCGAAAAAUCAGAUAUGAAGCAAAUUCUCAGACUGAACUACUCCUUGGACCUUGGAAGAAUGUUCGAUUCAGCGUCUCAUCUACGAUAGUUUUGCAAGCUGCUCAUUUCUGAACAGCUCUCUGCAUGGGAUAGCAGCAUGUCUGUUCUACCAUAUUGGUUUAUUCAAAAGCAAGAAUUUUUAAAAUAAGAUGUUAACUUGGUUUAUAAAUGAGCCUAUUAAUUAAACCCAGGUACUGCAUAUAAUUCCACAUCCUUUGACCAAUAAAAGUUGCUGGAGAACCAAA